AUGACAAGUACGGUGGCUGAUUUGCGGUGGUGGCAAUCUAGCGCACUGCGCUUCACUGCGGUAGCCGGGUUUGCGUUCAUCGCCGGAUUUGGACUGGGAAGUCGCGACAAACCAGGCGAUUUUGCGUCUAGGCCGUCAGAUCGAGCUUCACUACACUUUCCACUCUGGAUCGAAAAUGCGUUAGGAGGUUGUACUGCUGGACUUCGUGAGAUUGUGCGAAGGUUCGUAACUGCACGGCGGCAGAUACCGCUUCUCGGACUAGGUAACGGUGGUUCUACCGAGGCUGAAAGAAUAGUCGGGGUGGAACACCGAAAGCCUCCGUUUCCACCCGAACUAGUACAGCUGUUGCGUUCGACCUGUUUGUGCUAUCUAAGUAUGUCAGCUGAGGGAACCGCUGUGGACGGUCGCCGUUUGUCGUCGCCGCAAUUAUGUCUUAUGAACUACACCUACGACGAGAACGAAGAGAUUCUGAUCAUGAGUUCGCGGCGCGAUACGCAGAAACUGCGAAAUCUACAGCGCAACAGCAGUGUUUCUAUCCUGGUGCACGAUUUCCCACACGAGCGCUCGAUCUCGGAGAGCACGCUAGGAACACUUGAAAGUGGACAUAGUUCCGUGACUACCAAUUAUCCUGCAGCAGGACAACUGGAUGCCAUGGCUGCGGGAUCGCUUUCGGAGGGUAGUUCUCCAGGCGGAUCGCACGGCUAUACUCGCACUUGCAGCGUCACUCUAUAUGGUACUGUUCGAAUCCUCGACCGGGAAGACCGCGAGCAAGAAAAGGCGGAAAAGGAACGCUACAGAGCUAUCCAUCUGGCGCGCAAUCCCCAGUAUGCAAACUUCAUCGAGGGGGAAAACAUCGCAGUUCUUGUCGUGGCGGUGAAGAGCGCGCAGAUCUGUAAUGUGAAGGACCAGGUUAAAACGUGGAGAUGCGAUGCUCGUGAGUAG